GGCGUGGCUGAAAUAGCCAAAUCAACUAAUUUGAAGGGGUGUCCACAUACUUUUGUGUAUAUAGGGUAUGUGUAGAUGGCACGGUGUUCCUCCAUAUAAUGGUGUUUAGCCUACCUGCAAAUUGAUAGAUGCACAACUUUUGCUUUUAAAAACUCAGAAGAGAGGAUGCUGCAGUAGUGCUCAUAUGGAUGGUGAUCUUUAUUUCUUAUUCUUGUUAGCACUGGAAAGCGUGGGCCUCUAAAAGUUCAGUGUUUCGUGACAGAACUGAGGGGAGAUAGGCAAAAGGCAGGUUAAAGUAGAAGGUAGGCAGUCCAGAUGCCAAACUCCCCUCCAAGGUGUGGUCUUUGUGAUGGCACAACAUGGUCAGCGCAGGAUGAGAAGGUUACACUCUGUUUUAAACAGAUGACCUGCCUGGUAGACCAAACAAGAGCAGCAUCAACAUCAAGACGAACCCUCCCUGUUGACAGCAUGAAUCUUCAGAGCUCAAAGAAUGUGCUGGAUGGAGGUUGGGGAUGGGUCAUUGUUGUGGCCUGCUUCAUGGCCCAGUUCCUGGCCUACGGCUCCCCCCAGUCCGUGGGCGUCCUGUACCCGCAGUGGCUCCACGCCUUCCAGGAGGGGAAAGGCAUGACAGCCUGGGUUGGCUCCCUGGUCUCUGGAGUGGGACUCAUAGCCAGUCCGGUCUGCAGUGCCUGUGUGGAUAACUUUGGAGCGCGCCCUGUGACCAUCUUCAGUGGGGUCAUGGUGGCAGGGGGCCUGAUGCUCAGUGCCUUCGCCCCUAACGUCCAGUUCCUCAUCUUCUCUUACGGGAUUGUCGUCGGUCUUGGCUGCGGUCUUGUCUAUGCUGCCACAUUGACCAUCACCUGUCAGUAUUUUGACAAGAGACGUGGCCUCGCUCUCGGCAUAGUCACCACAGGCACAAGUGUGGGAGGGUUCCUCUAUGCCACAGCUCAGAAUGAACUGAUUCUUCUCUUUGACUUGGACGGCUGCCUGCUGAUCAUCGGGGCCUUGGCCCUCAACCUCAUGGCCUGUGCCGGCUUCAUGAGGCCUCUGAAUAUGCCUGCCUACUACCUCAAACAAAAGGCUGCUCUGGAGCGCACAGAGGAGCAGCUCUUUGAGAACCCGCCUGCUGACGACCUCAAGACUACACCAGGCAUCGGCGAGAGAACCUUGACGGUCAAGGAUCUCCUGAUCAUCAUUGACGCCAAAGACAUCACCAUCACCACAACUAACAAAAAAGGGGACUUCAUGGCAGGUUCAGCCAUUGUGAAAAUUAUCAAGGAGAAGCGUCAGGCCUACUCAAAGUACAUGCACUCCACAGCUGACUUCCUGCACGACAGAAACUUCAUGGCCCUUUGCAUCGCCAUCUUCUUGUUCAGCCUGGGAGCCUUCCCUCCAGUCCUCUUCAUGGAGGAUGUGGCCCAGAGUGAGGGCCUCAUCGAUGAGGUCAGCAUCAUCCCCCUGGUCUCCAUUGUAGCAGUCACUGCCGGCAUGGGCAAGCUGACCCUGGGCAUACUAGCAGACGUGAGGUGGAUCAACAGUCUGUUCCUGUACGCCUUCACCCUGCUGGGGACUGGGGCGGCCCUUCUGCUCAUCCCAAUCUCCAAGAGUUAUGUAGGCCUGCAGAUCCUCUCAGCUGUGGUGGGCUUCUUCUCUGGGAACUGGUCCCUAACAUCAUACAUCACCACCAAGAUCGUGGGGCUGGACAAACUGACCCAAGCCCAUGGGAUCCUCAUGUUCUUCGGUGGAUUCGGGAUCGUGCUCGGGCCCCCUGUUGUUGGUUGCUUUUUUGACUGGACCCAGUCCUAUGACCUGGCCUUUUACUUCAGUGGAGGCUCUGUGCUCCUGGGUGGGGUCACGCUCUUUCUCUGUGCUCUGCCCUGGUGGGACAAAAAGAAGGCUGAUAUCGACAGGUUCGACAUUCAGUACACCAGCAACUGUGACAAAGUUGCCUCUGUAGCCUGAACACCAACUUUCACAUCAACCUUGCUCUCCAGUGUUCCCAGGAAUUUUUGCUGAUAAAUGUUAUACCCUUCAAGAGGUUGUUGAGAAGUAUUCCUAGUGCCAGAUUUCACAUACAUGAGAAGAGUAUUGAAGUAGAGUAGGCCUUUUCUUUACAUCUUUAGCGUUUUUAAGACUUCUUACAUUAUACUACAGAAUUUUGAAAGAUACCUAUGUUGAACAUUUUAAUUACGGUCUCAUUUUAAGAGGCCUAUUCAACAAAAUGUUUUUUUAAACAAAUUAAGCUGUUUUUUUACAUUUCCGGAUCUUUACUGGGCUCAAAUGGAAAAUACUUGUCUACUUUGCCUGUGAGAAUUUACCAGGUAUUUCCUCAAGGGAAAAAUACAGGGAUUGGAGAAAAAAAACGAGGGAAUGCACUCUUUUUAAUUCUAGCCGAACAAACUGUUUGUUUCUAUCUUACCAAAGCACCAGGUUGGUGGAUGCCUGUCAACACGUUAUGCCUGAUGAAUACAAGCCUUGCUUUUAAAGGAUGGAUAGAUCUUGAUUUUAAAUUCAUUGGCAUUGUGCUGUAUUUUACUUGUACUCUCCAAACGUGUUUGUUUGAGUUCGGGAGGUACUGAACACCUCAUUUUGUCUUGACCUGACUAAGAACUUGCUGAAAAAUAUGCUGUGCAAAUAACAGAGACUGUACCGGAAUAAAGCCCAGUUCCUCUAAUGCAUGCUGGUUCUGUGUGGCAUGACCGGUUUCCUGCAUUUGUUCAGCAGGCUGGUUAAAAUCUUGUUUUUCUGUCUGUGGUUUUUGUUUUUUUAAUAGCACUAUAUUUUGUAGUUAUGAUUUUAUAUUUUUAAAGAAUUUAAUGAUUGUGAUUCCCGCUUUGUUAGUCACUUGAACAUCUGAUUUUUGUAUGUAAACUGUACCACAAUAUAUAAUAAUAUUGUUUUAUUCUCAGUCAAGCGUCGUUGUAGAAGUAUUUACAGGGUAUAAAAUAUAUGUGAUCCAAAAAGGCUAGAAACAGUAGAGCUGUCACUUUUUAUAUGAUGUUGAACCACUUCUUAUUUUUUUUUAUGUAAGUGUUACAGAUUUAUGUUUGCAAUAUUUCUCUUCUAUUUUGUUAUUUUCAACAAAAGUGCCAAUACAAUUAAAUUCAAUAUUGUGAUUCUG